CGAAAACUGCAGUAUAAAAGCAACAUUUCCUUGGGAGUAAAGCCUGUUCGGUAGCUGAAAUGUUUGGAAGUCUGUACCUGUUGUUAUUUGUGCUGUUGGUGGAGUUAUUAUGGUGGUCUAUCGCAAUACAACUAAACCCUUCGCGCUUUCCCCGCGACUUUCUCUUUGGGACUGCUACUUCCGCUUAUCAAAUUGAAGGGGCAUGGAACGUCAGUGGCAAAGGAGAAAGUAUCUGGGACCAUCUGACUCACAAUUAUCCAUCUAUGAUAAUAGACCAAAGCAACGGGGACGUUGCCUGCAAGUCGUAUUAUAAAAUGGACGAAGAUUUAGAAAUCCUUAAGGACUUGGGAGUAGAUUUUUACAGAUUUUCUAUUUCUUGGACACGUCUCCUUCCUACAGGAUAUUCCACUUAUAUCAACGAGGAUGGAUUACAGUAUUAUAAUAGAUUAUUAAAUUUACUUAAGCGAAACAAUAUAAAAGCGAUGGUAACCAUAUACCAUUGGGAUCUUCCACAAGUGUUACAAGAACACGGAGGCUGGACGAAUUCGUCCAUUAUAGACGUUUACGUCGACUAUGCAAGGGUACUUUUCGAAUUAUUCGGUGAUAGGGUUCACACUUGGAUAACAUUCAACGAACCAUAUCAAAUUUGCAGAGAGGGAUAUGGUUCGGACAGGAAAGCACCAGCUUUGAACAAUUCCGGUAUUAGCGACUACAUUUGUGGUUACAAUCUACUCAGGGCUCACGCUAAAGCCUUCCACCUUUACAACAACACCUAUAGAAGGGUACAAAAGGCAAAAAUUGGAAUAACUGUUCAAGCACCGUGGGCAGAACCAGCAACGUCCAGGGAAGGCGAUGUCCAAGCUGCUAAUCGGCUGAUGCAAUUUCGGAUGGUUUACGCAUCCAAUUUACGAAGUGCUUUAGAAGGAUACAAUUCCUCGCGUUUACCACAAUUUACCUCCAAAGAAAUCGAAUAUAUCAAGGGCACUUCUGACUUUUUCGGUCUUAAUCACUAUACGAGUGUUAUGGGUGCCGAGUUGCCCUUCGUGAUACCCGCGGCACUUGGAACAUCUUUCGCGUACGACCUGAAUUUGACCUAUUUUUACAACACAUCUUGGCCAUCUGACACGGAUUGGCUGAAGGUGGUACCAUGGGGCUUGGAAAAGUUAUUGCUCUUUAUCAAAGAAGAGUACGACAAUCCGGACAUCUAUAUCACAGAAAACGGUUAUGCAGAUCGAGAGACUCUAAAUGAUUACGCCAGGUUGACAUACCAUCGGGACUAUUUAAAUGCCACGCUGAAUGCCAUGGCACAAGGCGCUUCUGUUAAAGUCUACACCGCCUGGACUCUCAUGGAUAAUUUUGAAUGGAUGGCAGGAUACACUGAAAGGUUUGGUCUUGUCCAUAUCGAUUAUGAAAGUGAAAAUCGUACGAGAACAUACAAAAGGUCUGCAUACUUCAUGAAACACGUAUUCAAGAGAAGGAGAAUUACAGGAUUCGGAAGCCGAAGUGGCAAACUUAAGACUGGAGUAAGUUGUUUAAUUGUAACGCUAUUGUUCUCUUUGUGGAUCUAAUAGUACGGUACUAUAAGGAAAUAAAACCUCAUACAUUUCA